AUGAAUCCCAUCAGGCGCAGAGAGUCGGUUUGCAGGAGCCUCUUUGGCCCAGUGGACCACGACCAGUUGCGCCGGGACUUGAAACUGAAGCUAAAGGAGAUCACUGAGCAGGACAGUCGCCGCUGGAACUUUAACUUCCAGACGGAGACGCCGCUGCAGGGCAGGUUUCAGUGGGAGGAAAUACCCGCAGACUGCGCUGCUGCGCCGUACCAGGAGCCCGCUCAGGUGAAGGACGCUGUCUGCUCCCACACUGAGGAGGAUGACCGGCUCAGCGACCGUGGAGAGGGCGCACGGACCGACCAGGAGAACUGCUCCAGCAUCUCCAACACACGCAAGCGUCCCGCUGAAGUGACGCCCGUCCGGAGUAAGAGGACGCUCCCGAAACCCGCAGCCAAGCCCGGAAACAACGCACGAAUUACAGAUUUUUUCGCAAAGAGAAGGAGGACAACAGAAACAAAGAGCAUCCUCAAUCCUUUUCACACAAGUUCCAGUGAAGCAGCUCAAUGCAAAACAAUACGAUGA